GGAGACAGGUCAUUCCAAUGUGGAAGUUGAGGAUCAAGCUUUGUCCGAACUAUCGACCGAAGAGAUCAAAGAUUCUAUCAUAAAAUACGGGAAAACAGUUGCGGGACUCAAACAGUCAAUCACGAGAUCUCGUAAACUCGUGUACAAGGCAGCUAAUGAUCCGAACAUUCUUGAAUUUGCUCCACAUAUGAUAGCAUAUCAAUUGACAUUAAUAGAGUCCGCGAUAUUUUUAGAGAUUGAUCCACAAUCUUUACUCACCCACUCACCCAAAAAUCCCGAUCCCAAAAUAACAGCAUCCACAGACUUUUUUAACUAUCUGACACGUGUAGUGGAACGCUCCAUUCUAUUGUCCUUGGAGGCAUCAUCACGUGCACAGACAAUUAAUCAUUGGGUUAAGGUCGCGGUCAAAUUGCAUGAAUUACACAAUUUUCAGACUUUAAAAGCCAUUCUUGCUGCGCUAGGAACUCCGCCGAUAAAAAGAUUAAAGAGAACCUGGGCAUGUAUUCCAAAAAAAAGUAUGGUGAGGUUGGAAAAUUUGAAUGAGCUGAUGAGUGAAACCAGGAAUUAUGAGAAAUAUCGUGAAACGAUACAACGAGAUGGAUUCCUAAGGAAACCUACCGUACCAUUUCUAGGGACAUUUAUUAUGGAUGCCACAUAUUUGUUGGCUGCUGUUAAGACUGUUGGCUCGUCCAAUUCUUCGGUACCAGCAAAUGUGCAAUCUCCUCGUACUACAACGGCUCCGAUGUCUCCGGUAUCAUCUCCGACAAGCACCCAGGUUUUGCAUGAUGACCCUCGCAUCCAAGAAUUGUUGCAGACCCUGUGUCGAUAUCAAAAUGGACCGAAAUAUCAUCCAAAUCCACCGGCAUCAUAUAUAAAAGCGUCAACAAAACAUCAUUUUCGUACAGCCAGUAUUAGCGCUGCUUUACACCGUAGCGGAAGUAAAUACAACCACCGAAAUGAUGACGAUGAUGAAACGAUAGAAGAGAAGCAACAAUUGAUUACUCAUUAUAUGUUAACGCGAGUGUGGAUUCCCGAAAGAAGCGUAGAUGAAUUAAGUUCUCAACGUGAACCACAUGUGCCCAAAUUCUACAGUGGUCGAACAUCAAAUCCUGCAUCCUGGGGUGGAACUCCAAGUAACAUCUCUAAUACAAGUGUCGCAUAUCGAGGCAGUACUGGAAGUACUGUGGGUGGAAGUGGCACAAGUACAGGUGGAAACACCAGUACAAGCAGUGGAAUGGGUCGUACAAGUUCAACAAGUGGUAGUGGUGAUUCGAGACCACAAAGUUUAGAAGAUGGGAUAGAUGUAACUUCGACAAAUAUAAGGUCGGAUAAGGCUGGGCCCACUCCAGAUAAGGAAAAUAAAACACGUGAUGAAAAAGAGAAGGAGGAAAAGACGAAACAAGGCGAACUCGAAAAGGACACUGGAGCUGUGGAUGAUGAAGGUACCGAAGAAUCCCCCAAAAAUAGUCCCGAGUCAAUAAUUGCAAUGCCAUUUAGUGGUAAACGAAAUAGUUGGCGGAUAGGUAUGAGAGUGAUGUUCGGAGGAAAUGAAACUGGUGAAUCGCCUAAAACUCAUACUACCAUGUUGAGAUCUGCAUCACAUUCGCGGAGUUCAUCUAAUACUGCAGUGACUCCGAAGAGUCAUAUUGUUUCGAAAAUUCAUGGACGUCCCUCGUCAGUCAACUCAUCGGAUGCAAAACCUUUCACUUACACAAGCAAAGCAUCAUUACGUAGGUCGUUAGAAGAACCACACUCCUCAACGCCGCCACCUUUAUUUCCUAAACCAGUAAGUUUAACGCGUAGUGCCAGCACUUCAUCAGCAACUAGCAUGGGCUCAAGUGCCAGUGCUAACGGGACCCUAUCAAGCACACGGAAUAGUAUUGGCAAUGGAAACUUAUUACACGGAGGAACCAACAUCGAUGGAUUAGAAGAUAUUCGCAUUGCUUUGGCAAAAAAGGUGGCAAGUGAGGUCGCAGCUGGUGGUGGAACUGUAGAGAGGAACUGGAAAUGA